GCUUCUGCAACCCAACAUCAAUGGCGGGAACUCGGGAUUACGAUCAUUUGUUCAAAUUGCUGAUUAUUGGAGAUUCGGGUGUCGGAAAGAGCAGCUUGUUGCUCCGUUUUGCAGAUAACACCUUCUCUGAAAACUACAUUACCACAAUCGGCGUCGACUUUAAAAUUCGUACAAUGGAUAUUAAUGGACAACGUGUCAAACUUCAGAUUUGGGAUACUGCCGGGCAAGAGAGAUUCCGUACAAUUACAUCGACUUACUACCGCGGAACACACGGAGUCGUUGUCGUCUAUGACGUCACAAAUGGAGAAUCUUUCGGAAAUGUGAAACGGUGGUUGCAGGAGAUUGAGAAUAAUUGUGAUUCGGUUCAGAAGGUUCUUGUCGGCAAUAAAUGCGAAGAAAACGAGCGUCGAGUGGUUUUGGAGAGUGAUGCACGUAAUUAUGCUCAAUCGAUGAAUAUCUCGUUUUUUGAGACUUCUGCCAAAGAGGACAAGAAUGUCGAACCGAUGUUCACAUGCAUCACGAGCCUCGUUCUGACCGCCAAACUCGCAAAUCCCCAGUCGGCUUCAAAGGAUCAGAGCCGCACGGGCGGUGUAUCUCUCAAGGACAAUUCAGGAAGCACCAAUCAGAAAAAGAAGUGCAAAUGUGGAUAAAUUUUUCGUUUUUUUUUUUAAUUUCUCUCACCAUCAUUCUCUAUAUUGUUUCACUUUGUACUAUCAUCAAAAAUCGCAAAAUUCUCGAAUUUCCCCUCCCCUCUCCCCUGCCUUCCCGCAUGUGCAUAUACAACAGUUUUAUUCCCAAUUUCCAAAUCGAUCGACUGCUUUUUUUUUUGGCUUUCUAUCUGUUUUCCCCUCCUUCCUAAAUUACUAAAAUAUUUAACUUU